AGUGGAAAGAGCGCCUCGGAGCGGGGGAGGGGAACCCUUGGCGAGACUCGGGCCGUCGGGUUGCGGCCCUCCCGCAGUGUCUGGUCUUCACCCUGCCGGGCUCUCGUCUUACGCAACUCACGGCCGGAGAGCUGGCACUUGGCGUGCUCCGGUCACAGCCAUCGCCGUCCUUCCCUGAGGAGCCCGUCCAAACCCUCAGGAAGACUCGCUGUCGCUAGCAGAAACUGAGGCCCGAAGGGCGAGGCCGUCUGUGUCUUGCUCAAGGCGGGUUUGCGGACGCCUAGCCUCCCGGCCCCCAGCUCGAAGACGCGGGCCCGCCGUGGCCCCUGGCCAGGCGCCAGCCACUCUGCAGUGUCCGGGGUCAGGCCGGGGGCGGGGCUUGGCUGGGCUGGUCCAGGAUGCGAGAUCCUGGAGGAAAGAAGCGCGGUGGUGGCCUUUCGGGCGGCCGGCGGGCUGGGCCUCUGGGAACAGGUAGCACUGAGGUGGGCCGUUCAUCUGGGCCAGACGUCAGGCCGCCGGAGGCGAGAUCCCCGGGGGCAGAAUGGAUUUCCGAACCCCCGACCUGCUGGAUGCGUGGCUGGAGUCCCCAGAAGAUGUUUUCUCAACAGGGACCUUCCCGGAGCCGGGACUGCACGGCCCACCUCCGGAGGCCCCGGGGACGAAGCUCCAAGAACAGGGGCUGCGAGGCUGGGAGCCCAGUGGGGGCCGUGGCUGUGGCCUUCGAGACAGUGAGCCUGAAGACUUCCUGAAACUUUUCAUUGACCCCAACGAAGUGUACUGCUCAGGAGCCUCUGCUAGCAGCGACAGUGGCCAUCCAUCUGCGGACCCUGGCCGUCCAGACAGGCCUCCCGCCCCUCAAGCACCCAGUCCCCCUGCUCUCUAUGAGGUGGUCUAUGAGGCAGGGGCCCUGGAGAGGACGCAGGGGGAAGCUGGGCCAGCUGUAGGGUUCAUCUCUCUCCAGCCAGGUCAGCGGAGCCCACAACUGACGGUGCCUGAUGCCUGCGUGGUCUGCGAGCUGCCCUGUGAUGCUCACGACACCCUGCCCGGAGCAGGCACUGUAAACCCAGUGCCUCCUGCGACCCUGAAGGCACGCAGGGAGCAGCCUUGUGUGAUGGGAAAGACAGGACCCUCCCCCACUGUCCGCUCACCCACUCCUGUUCUCCACCAGCUGCCCUGUCAGACCUUGUUCCUGACAGAAGAGGAGAAGCGUCUGCUGGGGCAGGAAGGGGUUUCCCUGCCCGCACACCUGCCCCUCACCAAGGCAGAGGAGAGGGUCCUCAAGAAGGUCAGGAGGAAGAUCCGGAACAAGCAGUCAGCUCAGGACAGUCGGCAGCGGAAGAAAGAGUACAUCGAUGGGCUAGAGAGCAGGGCCGCUGCCUGCUCUGCACAGAACCAGGAACUGCAGAAAAAAGUCCAGGAGCUGGAGAGGUGCAACGUCUCCCUGGUAGCUCAGCUCCGUCAGCUGCAGCUGCUGGCUGCCCGGACCUCCGACAAAGCUGCCCAGACCAGCACUUGUGUCGUGAUCCUUCUUUUUUCCCUGGCUCUAAUCAUCCUGCCCAGUGUCAGCCCCUUUCAGGGUCUCCGGGAAGCUGGGCCUGAGGAUUACCAGCCUCAUGGAGGUGAGGCAAGGGCAGGGGGGAGCUGUUUUUCAGGGCAGUCAAGAUGGGGGAGGGAAGUCCUGUCCUCUAGGAUCUCCCACCGAAGGGAACACUCUAUUACUGCCCUUCUUCCUCCACCCACAGUGGUUUCCAGAAAUAUCCUAAGUCACAAGGACAUGACAGAAGGUUUGGAGACCACAGUAGUAGAGUCCAGACCGGGGGGGCCACUUAAGGCCAAGGGUGAAAAUGGCUCAACAAGGACACUGCUUGAGAAGAUGGGAGGGAAGACAGGCUCCAAUGGGCACGCAGGAGCUGUGCUGCACGCAGAAGAGAUGUGAACCCACCUGCUUCCCGGCCACAAGAGGGAAUCCAGGAUCCCUCGUGGCUCUUGUUCCCCCUGGGUUUCCCAUUCAGAAUUCUUUGGCUUCAGGGGUCUGAAUCAUUUCUGGACAUCCUAAAUGUCUGUACCCUGAGGCACAGGCUACAUGAGGCAUUUCAAAUACUUCAUACAUCUGCAACUUUAUUUCUUCUUUGGGGUUAGGGUUGAGGGGAAACAGAGGUUUUGGCUGAGAAAUAAAACUUUUUUGCUGAAA